AACUUCUUGUUCAACGACAUGCUGCCCUGAGCUGACCACAUCCUCUGGUCUGGGAUGAUGAGAUGAGCGCUGCACCUCCUCCUCCAACGGAUGUUGACGGUUGCCUAGCAACGUCAGUACGCCGGCUUGUUGGUGCCAGUGCCACGGCGGUCCAAUGCAGAGUGCUGCAGGUGAGGCAGGUGAGGGAGGUGGGGAGGAGGGAAUGGACGAACGCCCUGUUCAAAAUGACAAAGACAGCAAGCCGCAGGAUGAAAGCAACAAAGCAGCAGAGGACUGUGAAGUAUCUGUCCCACCUGCUCAAGAGGAUCAGUCAGGACCAGAGCCUGAUGGCCAGACCCCCCAGCCUCACCCUGACCACAUUGGUGCAGAUGUUGACUCCCCUACAGCCACAAAUUCAGUGCAAGAAAAGAUUGCUCAGGUCCCACUGACACUUCACCUCUCAAACCUUAACACAUCAGAAGACAUGGAGGAUCAGCAGCCUCUUCCAGAGGAGGAGGAAGAGCAGGAGGAGUUCAUUGUUCUGGACUCUGAACAUCCUCUGGUCAGAAGGCAACAAGCUGCUCUUAGCAGCCAGCUCAGAAAGCAGCUAGAGAGGAUCAACCUGGAACUGAAGGAAAAGCUGGAAAUGGAGAAGGCAGAUGCCAGCCACAUACAGGAGAAAAAUGUUGAGAUGUUCAGGACUCAGGAGCAUCUGGGCAGGCUCCAGACCAGGCUGGAUGACCGUCAUCAUACCAAGGCGCAGGCUGAAGCCAAACAUCAACAGACACAGGAUCAGCUGGGGGUGAUGAAGAGCCAUCAUUCUAGUAUUUCCAACCGCGCCAUCAAAGCCAAAGCUGAUGUGUCCCAGUUACAGGCGGAAUUAGACAACUUGACGCUGCAUCUCACCUUCAUACAAGGAGUCAGCGAAGAUCUUCGCUCCAAUGUCAAAGCCAUGAAGAAUGCCAAAGGCAAAGCAGGAGCUGAGAAGAACCAGGCCGAAGACCAGAAACUGAAGCAGGAUUUGUAUGUGGAGCGUCUAACAAAGGACAUGGAGAGGCUGACACAGCAGAUUGCCAUGUAUGAGGCCCAGGCCAAUGCUCAGGCAGAAGAGACACAGGCAGCCAAAGAGGCUCUCUCUGAGGCUGAGAUGGAAAUGGAGUCUCUGGUGAUGACGCAUAAACAGCUGCUGCAGCAGUGGAGCAGCAGCCUGGUGGGCAUGAGGAGACGAGAUGAGGCCUUCAGUGCGAUGCAGGAGGCUGUGCGCUCAGCCGAACACCAGGUGAUGCUGCUGGACAGAGAGAUUGAAGGUUACAAGAAAUCCACCACUGAAGAACAAGAGAAAAAUGAGACUCUAACGAUGCAACUGAACUGGUCCCAGGCAGAUGGGGCCACCUCUCAAAAGCUCAUCAGUCAGAAGCAGAUACAGCAAGAGGCUCUGCAGGCCCAAUACAGCACCUGCCUCCGUACUCUGAGGGAAACAGAGGGCACCCUCACCAGGCUCUCUAAGGAAACCAACAGCCACCAAGAAGAAAUGAACAAUCAGAGGAGGCAGCUGGAGAAAGAGAGUGCUGUGCGUUUGGAGUUGGAGGACAAGAUCAUGAACCACAUCCAGCAGAAGCUCACCCACAACAAGGCUGCCGAGCACUCCCAACGGCUCACCAGCAGAAUAGCCAUGCUCAAGAAGGAGAAUAUCUAUCAGUUGUGUCGGCUGGAGAAUGAGAUAUUGGCGGUGGGACUGGAAGGCAGUGAAGUCAGCCAACAUCUGGACAGCAUGACUGCCACCCAGGGGGCCCUAGACGAGGAGAUCGCAAAGUACAGCAAAUUACUGACAGCAAACCAGACUAAGAUUUCCUCCUUUGUCACACUCAUCGGGCAGAAGCAGGCCAGCAUCGCCAAAUAUAACAAAAAGAUCAGUCAAAUUGCAGCCAGCACUGGGCAAGAGGACCUGAGCCCUUUGCAAAUCAAGGUAGAUGCAUUAAUGGCUCAGAUCAAGGAGCUGGCGGCCAAUGUCAAGAGUAACCAGCAGCUCUGGAUGCGACGGCAAGGGACUCUAGUAGGACUGACCCAGGAGAUAGGAACCAACAGCAAGGACAUGCUCAAACUGCAGGCAGAGUACACUUGCACACAGCAGAAGAAAAUACGCUGGGAGAGUCAGAUUGAAGUGGAGCACCGUGAGGAAAUGGAGCUGGACAAGAAUUUGAAGAUACUGAGAGGAGACCUGCUAAGGCUCAACACCCAUCUGAGCAAGAAGGGGCAGCUCAGCCAGGCACUGGAGCAGGAGAACGCACUGAUGGAGACAGACUUCCUUCACAGACUUAAGGAGGCACAGCGGGACUCUAUCAUGAUUCAGAUGAAGCACGAGAAGACCCAGGAGGAAAAAGAGAGACUCCUCAACAGUCUGCUGGAGGCAGAGCGGCAGAUUAUGCUGUGGGAGAAGAAGAUCAAGCUUGUUAAAGAGACUCUGUCAGUCGUGGACUCGGAGGUGGGCCAGGGAGAAAUCCAGGCGAUGAAGGCUGAGAUACACCGUAUGGAGGUGCGACUCAACCAGCUGAUGAAGCAGCAGGAGCAACUUCUGAGGGAGAGUGAAGCAACGGUGGCAAGGAGGGAGACCAUUGUCCUGCGCAGGGAGGCCAUGAUGCACAGCUCCCACAAACAGACUACAAAGGGCGAGCUGAAACGUGUCAUACAGGGUCUGCAGCGUAGGAUCAAGGACACUCACAAACAUGUGGAAGAGCAUGUUCAGGUGAUAAGGGAGCUAGGGGAGAGCCAGGUGAGUCUGAGUGACAGGCUUACGCAGCAGAAGCAGCAGCUGGUAGAACUCUGCAGCACCAGCUACAUCCUUGACGCUGAAUUUGGAAAUCUCCAGGACACCAAAGACAAGAACUUAGCUCACCUUGUGGCUCUACAGAGCCAUGCAAAGAAGCUACAGGGUGUGUGUGAGGGGAGCUACCAAGCUUUAUCCACCAGCGAAUCCGUGGAAGCCACUCUGCAGAACCAGAUGGAGCGUGUGAACACUGUUAGCACCAUUUUGCACCGCAUGUGUGAGGAGUUCCCCCAGCACCAAGGGGCACUCCGCAGGCUGUCACUAGCACUGGCAGCACGCACACAGACCCUGGAGCAGGAAAAGUCCUGAGAGUAAGGGGAGGAUUUAGACAUGACAGUGAGUACAGAAAAGUGCAGUGGAAGGAGAGGGAGAAAAAAAAUAGGUGAAGAUAAGGGGAGGAUGAUUAUAUAAGGAAUGACCUAAGAAGAAUGAGAGGUCAAUAAAUCUAAUGUUUGCAUUCUUUGAUGCAUUGAAUGAAAUAUGUUUGAGAAAUAGUGUAAUAAACAUUAAUAAAACAGUAAUAAAUAUA